GAAGCUUUUCAAUUUGUCUGGUAGGCACCCAAGCCCAGGCACAGGCAGCCUUCGUGCGCUUCCCAGACAGCCCCUCCUUGGGGCUCAGGGACCUGUCUGGCUGCGGAGCUCCCAGGAGGCGAGGGGUGUGACCUCCCCCCUCCUCACCCAGACCCAGGCCCAGCCCAGGGCUGCUAUAAAGCUGGCCCAGCCUGGCUCUCAGCACACCCACCUGGGACCCUCCCGGACCCUCCUCAGGGGACACACUGCUCUGUUCCUCCUCCUGAGUGGCACCAUGAGGUCCCUGUGGCUCUGCUGGGUGCUCUGGGUGCUGCCCCUGGCGGGCCCCGGGGCGGCCGUGACCGAGGAGCAGAUCCUGAGCAGCCUGCUGCAGCAGCUGCACCUCCAAGAGGUGCCUGUCCUGGACGAGAGCGAUGUGGAGGAGCUGGUUACCCCUGCCCACGUGAGGGCCCAGUACGUGGCCCUGCUGAGGCACAGCCAUGGGGUCCGAUCCCGAGGGAAGAGGUUCAGCCAGAACUUCCGAGAGGUGGCCGGCAGGUUCCUGGUGUCCGAGGCCUCCUCGCACCUGCUGGUGUUCAGCAUGGAGCAGCGGCUGCCCCCUAACAGCGAGCUGGUGCAGGCGGUGCUGCGCCUCUUCCAGGAGCCGGUCCCCGAGUCCGCGCUCCGCAUGCAUGCGCUGCUCUCUCCGCGCAGCGACCGAGCCCGGGUCACUGUCCAGUGGCUGCAGGUCCGGGAUGAUGGCUCCAACCGCACGUUCCUCAUCGACUCCAGACCCGUGUCCAUCCGCGAGAGCGGCUGGAAAACCUUCGACGUGACCGAAGCCGUGAACUUCUGGCAGCAGCUGAGCCGGCCCCGGGAGCCCCUGCUACUGCAGGUGUUGGUGCAGAGGGAGCACCCAGGCGGGCUGGCCUCCAGCGCCCACAGGCUGGUCCGCUUCGCCUCCCAGGGCCCAUCGGGCACCCGGCAGGGCGAGCCGCAGCUGGAGCUGCACACCCUGGACCUCGGGGAGUUCGGAGCUCAGGGCAACUGCGACCCCGAGGCGCCCGUGAGCCAGGGCACCCGCUGCUGCCGCCAGGAGAUGUACAUCGACCUGCAGGGGAUGAAGUGGGCUGAGAACUGGGUCCUGGAGCCCCCGGGCUUCCUGGCCUACGAGUGUGUGGGCACCUGCCGGCAGCCCCCGGAGGCCCUGACCUCCAAGUGGCCGCUUCUGGGGCCCAGAGAGUGCAUUGCCUCAGAGACGGCCUCGCUGCCCGUGAUCGUCAGCAUGGAGGAAGGAGGCCGGCGCCGGCCCCAGGUGGUCAGCCUGCCCAACAUGAGGGUGCAGAGGUGCAGCUGUGCCUCGGACGGGGCGCCCGUGCCCCGGAAGCUGGAGCCGUAGGCGCCGGGCAGGGCCACUGUGGGACUGGGCUCCUGUGUGUGUCAGAAGUCUUCUAGGUGCCAGGAGAGAGGGGGAUUGCUGAUGGGCAAAAGCUCUGUGCUCUCCGCUGAGCUCCCACCUUGCCUCCCCCGACCCGUCAGCUCACCUGUAACAUUUGCCUCCCAGGAACGAGACUCCCUGGCCGCUGUGUGGCCCCUGCCCAGUGUCCUCGACCCUUCACACCAUUCCCUGCACUCGAUCCAAAGCACUUACCUGUGUAGACCUUGUCGUCUGAGAGCAGAAAAUGUGAAUCUGUCACUGUUCCCCUGUCCUACCACAGUUCCGGGCUGGAGACCCAGCUGCCACUCCGGUCAAGUAUGGACUGUGCGCUCCCAGCUCAGAUAUGAAGGGCGUUUUGCAAAAAACACGUAAAAUCCAGUUUAUUCUGUAUUUCUGUAUUUUACACAGAAGCCUGCCAAUUGCGAGGAAACAUCAGGUUCUCUGGGGAGGGGGUCAACCUGAUUAGAAGACUGAGGGAAGAGCUA